AUGGUGUCAGUGAGGGUAGAAAAGGAUUAUCUUUCUUUGACUUUACGUUCGCCUUUGCUCGCGAACGGAGGAAGUCGGUCCCUCGCGGCGAGCCGUCCGAGCCGGCCGGCUGUGGGCUUGCGGCAAUAUGGCGGCGGUUUCAAUCGGCCGCGGUCCCCCAGCUUCCCACCAGGUAAACCGCGUCUCCUUGCUGGCUCGCCCCCUCCCGUGGGGCCGACGCCCUCCCCUGGCCUUCCCUUGACGCUUGGGUCCCGCGGUCCGCCGAGGUCAGAGGGAGGCCGGGCCUUUGCCUCGGAGCUCUCCCCGCCCGCUGACCCUGCGCCCCCCCGCGGGUGGCCCGGCCAUAGUUUCCCCCCGGGAAGGCCUCGGGCUGCCCCGGGCGUCCUCUGCCCGCGAGGCGGACAGAGAGUGAGAGGAAGCGCGGCCCGAGCAGCCUCCCCCGGGACCCGGCGACCAGAGCCAGGCGCCGAGGAGCGCGGUGGGCGGCCCUGGAGAAGCGGCUGCGCCCGCCCCCGACCCCCCCCUUUCCGCAGGUCACUGAGCACUUCCACAUGGUGGCUGGCAAAGGACCAAACUCAAGACACGCAACUCAUCACAGUUGAUGAAAAAUUGGAUAUUACUACAGUGACUGGUGUUCCAGAGGAACAUAUCAAAACUAGAAAAGUUCAGAUUUUUGUUCCUACUCGCAAUAACAUGCAGUCUGGAGUCAACAACACAAAGAAAUGGAAGAUGGAGUUUGAUACCAGAGAGCGAUGGGAAAACCCUUUGAUGGGUUGGGCAUCAACGGCGGAUCCUCUAUCAAAUCUGGUUCUAACCUUCAGUACUAAAGAAGAUGCAGUUGCAUUUGCAGAAAAAAAUGGCUGGAGUUAUGACGUUCAAGAGAGAAAGGUCCCCAAACCUAAAUCCAAGUCUUACGGUGCAAACUUUUCUUGGAACAAAAGAACAAGAGUGUCCACCAAAUAGGUCGGCACUGACUAUAUCUCUGUGUCUGACUGUGAAUAAAGUCAGCUGUGCAGUAUUUAUAGUCCAUGUAUAAUACAUCUCUUAAUCUCCUAAUAAAUUUGACCUUUAAACUACA